AUGGGAACGGUUCACGCUAAGGCUCAGCAGAAUGAAGGUUUUGGGCAGGUGGGAGGUGGGCUGUUGGGGUUGGAUGAGCCUCUUGAAUUUGAUGAGGAACCUAUAUCCAAACCCAGUAUCAAACUAAAUGGUGUGAGGGCUCGUGUGGAUCGAGUUCAUGUGGAUGGGCUGAAUCGUACCAAAGAUGACAUCAUACGUAGCGCCGUUGAUGAUCUGUUUCACGCAACCGACUUUGAAGAUGUUAUACUCCGGGCACAUAAGGUGCGACGCGCGUUAGAUGCGACAGGAUGCUUCCGAGAUAUAGGUGUUUACAUCGAUGUGUCGUCGGGACCUGGGGCCACGCCAGAAGGUCUCGAGGUGACAUUCCAAGUGAAAGAACUGUCCCGGAUCGUGGGAGGUAUAAACACCACUGUUAGCGAAAAUGAGGGCAACUUAGUGAUCGGUGUUAAGAUGCCAAACGUGGCGGGGCGUGGUGAACGCCUGCAGGCGGAAUACAGUGUGGGCAAUCGCAGUACGUCCAACUUCAGCGUCACCGCUGCCAAGCCUUUCCUUCGUAGCGCGCUAACACCAGUACUGUCUGCAUCGGUGUACCAGCAGAAUCACGAGUACCCAUGGUCCGGGUACCGGCUACUGGACCGAGGGCUGCUACUCGACUUGGCUUUCAACACAUCCCCCGCGACGAAACAUAAUCUCCAAUGGGAAGGCUUGGUGAGGGAGACGUCCGUGCUCAGCAAAAAUACCAGCUUCCGAGUGCGGGAGAGCAGCGGUCCGCAGAUGAAGUCUGUGCUACGGCACAUAUUGACGAUCGACCACCGCGACGAGCCCGUGUUCCCCAGCCGAGGUACCUGGCUGCAGUUCAGCAGUGCAGUGGCUGGACUGGGCGGAGGCGUAGCACACGUACGCACCGAACUACAAGCACAAGCCAACGCAACUUUACCCCAAGCCUCGAAUGUUGUGUUGCAGGGCACGUGCGCGGCGGGCGUGCUGCACGACGUGUUCGGCUCGGAGCUGGCGGACCGCUUCUUCCUGGGCGGGCCCGCCAGCCUGCGAGGCUUCGCGCAGCGCGGCGUGGGGCCUCGCGCUGACGGACUGGCGCUCGGCGGUACCAUGUACUGGGCGACUGGCUUGCACGUGUACGCACCGCUGCCGUUUGUAGCGGGCCGUGGAGGGCUGGCCGAACUGUUCCGAUCACACGUCUUCAUGAACGCAGGCUGUCUCGCUCAUCCAGAGGAGGGCGAGUCGAUAGUGUCCGCCCUGUCGGAGGCGUGCGUGGCGGGGGGCUGGGGGUGGCGCUGCGGCUGGGGCGCGUGGCGCGCGUCGAGCUCAACUACUGCGUGCCGCUGCGCGCCGCCGCGCGGGACGUCACUGCUCCGGGCCUGCAGUUAG